UUAUCGUACAUGCCUUGUGUGAAUCAACACAGACAUACUUGAGCAGAACGGUAAUGCGUAUUACUUACCCAAGACCAAAAUUUCAUUAGCACAUCACUUUUGGCGUGAGCACUCCGGCUGGCAAACCUCAUGGGAAGCUGGGCUGCCUGAGAGGUGACACCCACCCAGCACCGUAUAAAAAGGCUCCAGUGAAGGCAGAAGGCAGCACUCUGACUUCUUCUAUCCAGCUGUGCAGGGGCUUUGCAUUUGGGGACAUCUGAGAGCUUCCACCAUGAGCUGCAGCAUCAAGAGGACAUCGAGUACCUCCUACAGGAGUGGAGGAGCUGGAGGCAUCUGCGGUGGUGGCAGUGGUGGCCGGAGCUCCUCCGUGUCCUGCAGGCGAUAUGCCUCCUCCGUCAUCGGCGGGGGGAGCUCUGCGGGGGGAGUGUGCAGCAUCGGCUACGGGGGUGGCAUGAGCGCUGGCAGCGUUGCUGGGGGCUUCGCUGGGAUGGGAGGAGGCUUUGGUAGUGGGUUUGCAGGAAGCUUUGGGAUGGGGGGAGAUGCCCUGCUGAGUGGAAAUGAGAAGGUCACCAUGCAGAACCUCAAUGACCGCCUGGCUGCCUACCUGGACAAGGUGCGGAGGCUGGAGGAAGAAAAUGCUCAGCUCGAGCACCACAUCCGUGAGUGGUACAGGAAGCAAGCUCCCACUGCCUCAAAGGACUACAGCGCCUACUACCAGACCAUUGAGCAGCUCCAGAACCAGAUCAUUUCUGCCACUGUGGACAACAACAAGCUGCUUCUGGACAUCGACAACAGCAAGAUGACUGCUGAUGACUUCCGCAUGAAGUAUGAGAACGAACUGGUCAUCCGUCAAACUGUGGAGGCUGAUAUCAAUGGCUUGAGAAAUCUCCUGGAUGAUCUGACUCUGGUCAGGUCUUCAUUGGAAUCCGAGCUUGAGUCCCUGAAGGAUGAGCUGAUUGCUCUCAAGAGAAACCAUGAGGAGGAACUGAGACAGCUGCAGUCUCAGACCGGUGGCGACGUGAGCGUGGAGGUCAAUGCUGCUCCUGGUGAAGACUUGACAAAGAUACUAAACGACCUGAGAAACGAGUAUGAGCAGAUCAUUGAGAAGAACCGCAGAGAGGUUGAGCAGUGGUAUGAAGUCAAGAUCGAAGAGGUCAACCGCCAGGUCACUUCCAGCAGCCAGGACAUCCAGACAAGCACCCACCAGCUCACGGAACUGAGACGCGAAAUGCAGAACCUGGAGAUCGAACUGCAGGCGCAGCUCAGCACGAAAAACUCGCUGGAGAACUCCUUGGCAGAAACCGAAUCUCGCUACGGCUGCCUGCUGCAACAAAUCCAAGGGCAGAUUAACUCCGUAGAGGAGGAGCUGGCCAGCAUCCGCUGUGAGAUGGAGAGCCAGAACCAGGAGUACAAGAUGCUGCUGGGCAUCAAGACCCGCCUGGAGCAGGAGAUCGCUCAGUACCGCGCACUGCUGCAGGAGGGACAGCAAGACAUUGUUGCCUCCCAGGGAGCUUUCCAAGGUGGUAAAUCCUCCCAUUCCUAUUCUUCUACUUCGUACUCUCAUUCCCAGACUGGUGACAUUUCAGGACAGGCAAGAGUGUGCUAGAGCGACAGCAGUGAUGCUGGCAUCCUUCAUCUAAGAUGCACUGAAGUGACCCAUGGACAACGAGAGAUAGAACCCAAGCGCUUCUGCAGCUCAGCCGAUGCAACCAGAAGGAUUUGGAAGGAGUGCCUGGCCCCCUGCCUCAUCACCUCUUCUUCCAUUCUGCAAUGUUUGUCUUACUCAACUUGUCUUUGUCAACUGGUUCUUGCUUAAAGGCUUAAAUUCUGCUGAUAAAACUGCCUCCAAUAAACAUUACU